AGAGAAGGGGGGAGUGAGAGGAGUGAGGGACUGGGAGUGUUGUGUGAAAAGAGUGCAGGCCAUCGAGCGAGACAAAAGAGGCUGCGGCUGCAUUCAACGUGCUGCUGGUGUGUCCGUCUCCGAAGCCACAAGCAAACCACAUUUCACCCCUCCUUCUCUCUCGGCCUGCUCGCGACAGACGGCGAAGAUACACCGACGAGGGAACUGCUUCGCGAUACAGUAAUAGCUGGAAGAAGUUGAGGACUUGGAAACGAGAGCUCCCUCCCUGGACCGGGUGUUUCUCCUCUCCUCUCCUCUCCUUUCCCCCGUCCUUCGCUGCGCGUCGAGUGCGGUGCGGUGUGGGGCUGGAGAUAUAACCCAGAACAAAGGAGUCUUGAGGCAAGGAAUGAGCGAGUCGAGACUAGCUUUUUUGCCAUUUCAUUUGAAACCCGGCCAAAUGCCUCUGUGAGACCGACGGCACUACACACCGAGCUGCUCGUAUUUCUCGACGAAGCUUUCCGCCCCGAAAGGGAGAAAGAAGACGGACGAAAAAUAAAACGCACACACGUCGCCGGCUAAAAUGUUUCCUCAAAACCGACCAUCGGCACCUCUGCAGCCACCCCCAGGGUCCUCAGCCUCAGUGGUGGCAGCCGCAGCAGCAGCAGCAGCAGCAGCUUCAGGGACGCCCCAGUCACUGAAACUAACCUAUCCAGAAACUUUGGACCGCAUUAAGGAGGAGUUUCAGUUCCUCCAGACCCAGUACCACAGUUUGAAGCUGGAGUGUGAGAAACUGGCCACAGAGAAGACUGAGAUCCAGAGACACUACGUUAUGUAUUAUGAAAUGUCCUAUGGCCUUAACAUUGAAAUGCACAAACAGACGGAGAUUGCCAAGCGGUUGAACGUGAUCUGCGCUCAGCUCAUCCCCUUCCUGUCACAGGAGCAUCAACAACAAGUGGUCCAGGCCAUGGAGCGCGCCAAACAGGUGACCAUGGGGGAGCUAAAUGCUUCGAUAGGGGUACGUGGGCUCCCCCCUCUGCCUCAUAGCCAACAGCUUCAGGCCCAGCACCUCUCGCAGCAUGCACAGGGUUUGCCAGUGGGCCCACACCCAUCAGGACUGCCCCACCCCGGCCUGGCGCUUGGCGGAGGGUCUGGCCUGUUGGCCCUGUCCGGGGCUUUGGGGGCCCAGUUGGCUGCCAAGGAUGAGAGAGCACACCUAGAGGCGGCCGCUGCCGCCGCCGCUGCUGCAGAGCACCACAGAGACCGUGAAGCAGGACCAAGCUCUCUGUCCAAUGGGGACAAGGGUCGCCCGGCAGACUACCUCAGCAACGGCAAGAAGAGGAAAGCUGAUGAGAAGGAGUUCAUGACGGACUAUGGCAGCGAUGCAGAUAAGAGUGAUGAUAAUUUGGUGGUGGAUGAGGACCCAUCAUCCCCCCGCAGUGUUCAGUCCUACUCAUCUAGGGAGAAUGGUUUGGAUAAAAUGCCCCCAUCACGUAAGGAGGGCCCCCCACAGGCCAGCCCCACCUCCCUGGCCUCGUCCAGCAGUGCAACCUCCCCCUCUCGUGGCAAAGAGCCCCCACAGAGAGAGAAGUCCAGCACUCCUGGUAUGAAACCAGGGACGCCCAUGUCUCAGGAGUCCAACACCCCAGGACCAAGCGGGCCCCCGCAGUUCAGACCUGUUCCUGGGAAGCCUGGUGUCGACCCCCUCGCUCUGGGUCUGAGAAACCCCUUGGCGGUGCAGGGAGCGUAUCCUCCCGGGGCCUUUGGCCUGCCCCCACCAGGGGUGAACGGGGACCUGCCCGGGGCAGCUGGCUACGGCGCCGGCCUCCACUUGGUCCAGUCCCAGAUGAACGGAGCUGCUGCAGCAGCGGCAGCAGCUGCCGCAGGCUAUGGACGGUCCCCCGUGGUGGGUUAUGAGUCUCCACACCCACAUAUGAGGGUCCCUGGGCUGACAGCCAGCAUGCAGUCGGCCGCCUCCGGGAAACCUGCCUACUCGUUCCAUGUGAGUGCAGACGGUCAGAUGCAGCCGGUGCCCUUUCCCCCUGACGCUCUGCUCGGUCCAGGAAUCCCCCGUCACGCCCGUCAGAUCCACACCCUGAACCACGGAGAGGUGGUGUGUGCCGUCACCAUCAGCACCUCCACGCGUCACGUCUACACCGGAGGCAAGGGCUGCGUCAAGGUGUGGGACAUCAGCCAACCAGGAAGCAAGAGCCCCAUGGCCCAGCUGGACUGUCUGAACAGGGAUAACUACAUCCGCUCCUGCAAGUUGCUCUCCGAUGGCCGAACCCUGAUCGUUGGUGGGGAGGCCAGCACGCUGUCAAUCUGGGAUUUGGCCACGCCCACUCCUCGCAUCAAGGCGGAGCUGACGUCGUCCGCUCCGGCCUGCUACGCUCUGGCCAUCUCCCCUGACAACAAGGUCUGCUUCUCCUGCUGCAGCGACGGCAACAUCGUCGUCUGGGACCUUCACAACCAGACGCUGGUCAGGCAGUUCCAGGGCCACACAGACGGAGCGAGCUGCAUCGACAUCUCCAACGACGGCACCAAGCUGUGGACGGGAGGCCUGGACAACACAGUCCGCUGCUGGGACCUCAGAGAGGGACGCCAGCUGCAGCAACACGACUUCACCUCGCAGAUCUUCUCUCUGGGCUACUGUCCGACAGGCGAGUGGCUGGCUGUGGGAAUGGAGAGCAGUAAUGUGGAAGUCCUGCACGUCUCCAAGCCUGACAAGUACCAGCUGCACCUCCACGAGAGCUGCGUUCUCUCCCUCAAAUUCGCCUACUGCGGUAAAUGGUUCGUGAGCACGGGCAAAGAUAACCUCCUGAAUGCGUGGCGGACACCGUACGGAUCCAGCAUAUUCCAGUCGAAGGAGUCCUCAUCAGUCCUCAGCUGUGACAUCUCCCCUGACGACCAGUUCAUCGUCACUGGCUCCGGGGACAAGAAAGCCACAGUCUACGAAGUCAUCUACUGAGCUCUGAUUGGCUUAAAAAAGUAAACUAAUAAUCAGGGGGCGGAGCCAAGGCUCCCUCCUGCACCAAUGACUGUACAAAGCGUCGGUGGGAUGGAAAACGAGAGACACUCAACUUGUACUUUGUUGUUUUGUUUGUGAAAGACGUGAGAGAGAGAAACGAGGAGGCGCAAAGUCACAUCUCUGGAAAAAAACAAACUUUGAACUUUGAUUUUAAUGCUCUGAGAACGCUGGUUAGUCUAUAGCUGCGCAAUUGUGGAAUUCCUCCAAAGAACUUUUGUUUUUGUUCCUUUUUUUUCUUUUUUUUUAACAAAAUAAAACCUCUGUAGUGAACAAGAAAUUAGCAAAAAAAAUAUUUUUUUAGCCUUCGGAUUUUUUGCAAACAGUUGGACCGCAUUGAGUGGAGAGGAAAUGGACAGGCGUGGGACUGAGGGAGCGUGGGGAGGGUUCAGGGAGGGCUGGAAAACUCUUAGUGGAAAAUUACGGUCCAUAUUCUGUUCUGGUUAUGAAGUGGAAGCCUGAGUCAGCUUGGCCGGCUGUGGCCUGGUCUGGUCCAGCUCAGUCCACAGCACGAGGCUGCUCCUCGGGGCAGCAGAUGUGUGGCAGAUGGCGGGAUGGCGUGCUGUGAGGUUCCAGCUAUUUCUUCUUUUCUCCUGGUUACGUUUCAGCAGCAACAUGAUUGUAUCAUCUCUAGUGCAUACAUGACGGAACACGGCUUGGUUUCUUCUAAGUGUCCUGAGAAUCACACUGUCUUCAUUCUUUGACUUUUUUCUCCUUCUUUUACAAAGGAACAAAGGUGAACUUUGACCGUGUUUUAGGAAAACCAACCUCAGACAGAGGACAGAAAACUAAAAUCACUUGAAACAACAGGUACCCCCUGGUUUCAGGACAUUGCCUCUGCUGCGUCAUCUUUAACAACAGUACUUGUGUUUUUCUAUUGUAUUUGUGAGGGCACAUCUAGACAGACACCGGUAUUUUCACAACUGCAUCAUGAACCUUGAACCUUGCUAUAUAUGGACAUGUAAAUAAAGUUCUCUAAAGGCAAA